UCAACACUCACCUACUCACUGCUUUCUCACAUCUCAUCCAAAUCUGAUGAAUUUUUUCAGACAAGACAUACUCGAUUCUUCUUCUUCAGAGGGAAGCUCGUUGAGCGGCAACGAGCCGAUGUUGUUAUUGGCGUCGGAGAGACCCAAUAAGCGAGCGGGAAGGAGGGUUUUCAGGGAGACGACGCAUCCCGUGUACAGAGGAGUGCGACGGAGGAACAACGGCGAGUAGGUUUGCGAGGCUCGUGUGCCGAAUGAUAAGACAAGGAUUUGGCUUGGAACAUAUUCCACGGCGGAGAUGGCCGCUCGUGCUCAUGAUGUGACGGCAAUGGCUCUCCAUGGGAAGUCGACUUGCCUUAAUUUCGCUGACUCGUCUUGGCGGUUGCCUCUGCCGGAAUCAACCAAUUCGGCUGAGAUUAGGCGCGUGGCCGCUCUCGCUGCUCAGGAAUUCGGCCGGCGUAGUAGUACUGAUGAUGUUGAAGUUUGCAGCAGUUGCAGUAAUGCAACGGUCGACGACGAAGUCAUUGGAGACGCGUCGCCGUCGAAUAUUUUGCAGGAUUACUGUGAAGAAGAAGAGCCUUACAUGAUCAAACUCCGGCUGCGUCGACGGAGUUUGACGAGCUCCGUCAUUUGCUCUUCACUAUGGCGGAGGAGCCUCUCCGAUCGACACCCUCUUUGAGACCAUAUGGUUGGAGUUGGAAUGACGGGGAGGUUGAAACUGAGGUCUCACUGUGGCGGUAUUGAGAGCUCGAGGCGCUGCUCGUAGGAAUUACUGUAACAUGUUAGUUUGUGACUGGCGCACACAUGUAUAUGGAUUUGCAUCAUUACCUUGAUUUUUUUUUUUUUUUUUUUUUUGCCCCUGGAAAGUGAAACCAAAGUUAUUUGUUAUUUACUCCGUCGCUGGUGAGGGACCCAAAAAAAUUAAUUUGUGAGGGCAAA